AUGAUCUUCACUCCCUUCCUUCCACCUGCUGACCUGAAUGUGAAAGGGCCGCGAAAAGAUCCUGAGGAGUUGGUUGUUGCGUCUGACGCCACGGAGGACCCAUCCAGGGGCACAGGCUUGCCCAGGGAACCUGCUCUUCUGCGAGGGUCUUGGAGGAGCCGGCUCCAGAGGGCCCUGGCAUGUUUCACCAAGUGCUUCAGCGCUGCUUGUUCCCGGGUCCUGGUGGCAAUGGGCCGUGGCCAGUCAACGGUGAGUCUUCCACAGCUGGCAGCUCUGACCCUGGUGGGGCACUUACAUGCAGGAAUGAGGACGGAGUAA